GGAAUCUCUCAUCCAUUCUGCCCUCCGCUCUGCCAGCCGGCUCCCCUGGAGGGCCCAGGUAUCCCCAUCCAGGGCCUCCUCUCUCCUACCAGGAAAUCGCAUGCGGUGUUUUGGCUGCGGAGGAAGCCCAGGAAGUUCCUGCAAAGAGACUAUGACUACCUGUGAUGAGGGUGAACGCUGUGGCUUCCUGGAGCCCAGACCCCACUCAGGCUCAGAACAGAUGAAACCUUCUGGGAACCGAAGGUGUUUUUUGAGGGGUCAGAGAAUCCCUUUGGGCUCCCAGAAAUCACACCUGCUCUGCCCCAGAAAGCAAGCCCUCAAGCCAGUCCAACACUCCAGGCUCUUUCUCUUCCUCAGCCUCAGUGACUGUGAAUCAUCAUCAUCUGGCCUGCGUGGAGGCACAUCACUGCAAUCAAGUGGAAACAGAGCUGGUAGGAGACGUGACUUAUACAACCCACAGGGACUGCUGCCUUGGAGAUCUAUGCAACAGCGCCGUGGAAAGCACUGCAAUCCCGGCAUCCAUCUUGACUGCAGCAGCCACUGCUCUGGCCUGGCUCUUGCCAGGGCUGUGGAGAGGGUAGUGGUAGGGAAGGGCGUGAGGGAGCAAGGGAGAUCUGGACAUCUAAGGUGAGGAGACAAACACUGCUCUGUGAGCCAUUAAAAUCUACCAACCACUCUACAGCUGACUGGAAAAUUCCAUCUACCUUUAUAGGGUCGCUAGGAGUCAGAAUUGACUCGAAGGCAACAGAUCUGAUUUUUGGUUUUUCUUGUUGGGUGGAUCCCUGAUGGUGCAGUGGUUAAGAGCUUUGUUGCUAACCAAAUGGUCAGCAGUCUGGAUCCACCAGUCGCUCCUUGGAAACCCUAUGGGGCAGUUUUACCUUGUCUUAUAGGUUCUAGUUUUUUGUUGUUGUUGUUGAUGAGAGGGCUGAAGUGGUAACAUGGAGACAUCCAGGUUCUAGUUUGGGGGUUACCAAACCUCAGUGGACUUUAUUACAAGGGUCCAUGCACUUCUUAACCAACUAAACCCCAAGGGACAAUGGCAAAUCUGC